AAAGAUUGUGUGCAUGUAUUUGUUGUUUUUGACGAACAAGAUCCUAAAACUCAAAGUCCCAUAAUGCAGCGUAACGAACAGGGUAAAUCGCGCAUGCGCGCUUGCCUCUCCCUCUUUGGACCUGCGUCUCCACUGAUACGAUGGCCAAGCGCACCAAGAAGGUGGGGAUCGUCGGUAAAUACGGCACGCGUUAUGGCGCGUCGCUCAGGAAGAUGGUGAAGAAGAUUGAGAUCAGCCAGCAUGCUAAAUACACCUGCUCCUUCUGCGGCAAGACAAAGAUGAAGCGGAGGGCUGUGGGUAUCUGGCACUGCGGGUCCUGCAUGAAGACCGUGGCUGGAGGAGCCUGGACUUACAACACAACUUCCGCUGUCACAGUCAAGUCCGCUAUCAGGAGACUGAGGGAGCUGAAGGACCAGUAAACCAGUGCAAAAGUCACUGGCGGAAUUGGGACUUUUUCUAUAGUUUAACCAAUCUGGACAAAGCCUCAACAUCCUAAAAUAAAUCAGUCUGGAGUGGA